CAUAGGAGUGGAAUUAUUUAUUGUGAGACUGCGAGGUGGGAUGGAAAGCAGCCGUCGCACUUUUUGCUUACAGAUUUAAUGAAUGACUGGGAAAUUGGCGGAACACGGAACAAAUGGGUUUGCCCGAGCGACAGACAUUUACAGCUCAGAGCACAGCUGAAGAGCGGCUGGAGUGUGCGAACAACGGGUGAGCGAUCACCAUCGGGUACCAAGCAAAACAAUGGAUUGACGGAGUCUGAAAAAGAACACAUCAAAGCUGUGCUUGCAAGAGCUGAAAAUGGCAAAUUACGUGAACAACAACGGAUUGGCAAAAUGAUCGAUAGGCUGGAAAAGAUGAAAGCUCUGGCAACGGGUAAUGGCGUCACACAGUGUUACCUGUGCUCAACCGAUUUUGGUCUUCUUGCGCCGAAAAGUUAUGCUGCCAUGUGUUCACAGUGUCGAAAAUACGUGUGCCAAAAGAACUGCGGUCUCGAGACGUAUGAUUGCGUACGACGUGAGAAUGUCUUCUUGUGCAAAAUCUGCAGCGAAUACCGCGAGGUAAUGUGGAAGAAAUCGGGUGCUUGGUUUUACAAAGAAAUCCCGGAGUUUGUGAAGCCUAUGGAAGAUGCUCAGGAAAUGCGAUCGCCACCAAAUUUACGUGCUAUGGACAAAAAUGGUUUUUCUGAUCCAUAUGUUAAGCUGUACUUGAUACCUGGUGCUUCCAAGGUACUAUUUUUUGCAGCUAUCUUAAAAAGUUCCAUUCUGUUUGUGUGUAGCUUGAAUUUGAAAAAAAAAUGUAUUUUAAAAUACGUUUUAACUAAAAUUCUAUCCGAGGAUAACAACGGCGGAGACCUGAAUGUUGCCAAAAGUGGAAAGUUACAUUUUUUCUAUUGA